CUUUCCAGUGGUCCAAAGCAAGAACUUUGACCUCCAAUGAAUCCUUGCCAAUUUUAGGUGGCACUAUUGGAGCGUCAUGGUUCCAAUUUAGUUUAAGCACAUGCGGUGAUCACUGUUCUUUGUUUUAUUGGGUAAGAGUACCAGAUGUAUUGAUGUAUGAAUGUAUCAUGUGUCUAAUGAAACUGUUUUUUUCUUCCAGAUGAUAUAGUGGCAAGUUUUAGGCUGCAGAAGAAUGUUUCCGAGCUCAGGGGAAACAUGUCCAAGCUCGUACUGGACAUCUAUGCGGAAGUCGGUGUCCCUAACUCCAUUAUCCAGCAAGGAGAUGACAACCAUGUUUUCCUUCGGCCUCGUGCUUCUGGAGAUCAUCACUGGCAAGAGAGCGGUCCUGUCCGACGAGCCCGACGAGGACGACGAGACUCUGGUCUCUUGGGUCGGGUUGUCGCAGGUUCCAUGGAGCCUUCCUCCCCUCGUCAAGCUCGGCGCUAAGAGCGAGGAGCUGCUCUUCGCCUCGCCUUGCCUCGCACAAGCGACGUCGUCAGGUUGCAAGCAAAUAUUCCUGUCCGCUCUUUCACUAGUGUCGACCCUUGCUUUCAUUGCUAAUAAUACACGCAUGCUUCACAACUAAUACAGAAGAUGCAUUUCCAUCCCAUCUUGUAGGUGCUGACUCGAUGCAAACAAAUAAAAUAAAAUUAGUAGGUGUUGACUGCUCACACCCCAUAUAUGCUGAACGAUGCUAGCUGCUGUACCAAUGUGAUGUUGCUUGCUUGAUUGAUGACUGGUUGUCAUUAACUAGAAAAAACAAGAAGAAAAUCUUGUCAAUUUAUUUGAGGAGAAUCAUGUG